AUGACGAAAGUGUAUGUGAAAGUCAAAGAAACCACCAUGGAAAUCGAAGGUGAAGACGGCGCGAAGCUCUUCCUGAAGGCCGGAGUAAAGUCUGUGUUCGGAAGAGGAGCGGGAUUCAACACCGGAGACCUAACAGUGUCACGCCGCCACGUCUCGUUCGAGUUAAAACCCGCCGCCGCCGGAACCGAACGGUCCGAAUCCGAUAGGGUUUACUUCGAGGUUCUCGGGAGGAAUCCAGUCUGGGUUAAGACGGGUGAACUCGGCGAAAAGAUUCGAACUUUCCGGAAAUCUGAGACGGGAGAGAUCGCCGGCGGCGAUCGAUUUUGUGUAUCGGGUCAUAACCCAAUUUGGUUCACUUUGGAGAAUUGCGAUGAAGUUAUGGAAGAGAGAAGAACAUUGGAUAGUGAAAGCGAAUUUGGUAUUAUAGAAAUCUCAGAUAUCGACCCUGUUAAAGAGUUUGGAUUUCUUGUGAUUGGGAAAGAGUUUGAUCAGUACCCAAAGAGUAGGAUGCGUGACAUAAAGCAAUGGGAAUGGUUUUUAGAAGAUUCCACGAAUGGAAGAAAUAGCGAUGAUGAUGAUGGAGAUAAGAAGAGAAGGAAAGGAUUAGGCAAAAAGAGAAGUAGAAAGAAAGGGAAUGAGGACGAUGAUUGGAGUGUUGAAAGUGAUGAAGAUAAAGAGUUGAUGGUGAAAUCCAAAAGAGUUAUGGUGACUCCUGCUUACUCGACCAGAUCCAAGAAGAAGACGAAGAACGAUACAAACGCAAGUAGUAGUGGUACUCAAACGAAACAGCGUGGAGGUGUAGAUUUCGAAGAUGACGAUGAUGAAACAUUGGGAGGCUUCAUUGUUAGUGAUGAAGAAGAUAAGUUAGAAGAAAAUGACGAAUCAAAUGUAGAAGAAGAAGAAGAAGAAGAAGAAGAAGAAGAAGGUCUUGAUGAAGAUGAAGACGAAGAGUAAUAUUCAGCUGCAAUCUCCAAAAUACUUGACUACUUGACUAAAACCUGAAAUGCAAGCUUAAGCUAAUCUUCUUGUUUUCUAGAACUACACAAUCUUUUGUUCAAUCUUAUGAUGUGUGUGUUGUGCGUGUAUGUAAGAAGUGAGAUUUUUGAUAUUAUGGUAAAUUGUUGUUUGCUUACUUUAAA